AUGGGAAAUCUCACUUCUCCCACAAUUCCUAUGGUAGACCAAAUCUCAACUCAAUCGACUCAAGCGCCGACUUUUGGUAGUACUUACCCUUCCACGGCUCAAACAGCAUCAAGUUUGACAUCUAAUACCCCUCGCGCCCAAAUAACCCGUACGGAAUGGCAAGGUAUGACGCGGAUAUCCACUAGUCCGGAAGGAGCGAAAUCAACUUUAGAAAAUCUUGUUGUAACGACGGAUUUUAGCUCUUCUACUUUUACAAAGUCCCGAACCCAUCUAGUGGGAACAUCUAUCGCGAAAACUUUCAACACUUUGACAACUCCUUUAACUUCCAAACCCCUCAAAAUGCAGACCUGGAGCACUAUGAUCUCUGGUAGUAAGCCUACUCGAAUACAUAAUGAACCAAUAACAGUUAUCUCGACCGUGCAACUCCCUCGAAUGACAGUGACAAUGCACAUGACGAUAUCCAAUACUGAAACGAAGACCUAUAAAACCGCUACAGCGUCACAUAAGCGAAAAGCUCUCUCCAGCCGCUCCAUAUACGGGAGCGGUUUGAGUACCACUGAGCUUGAACCAUUCACAAAAGUUACGGAAACGUCCGCUCCUACAGCCGGGACCACCGCUACCGGUGAGGAUGACACCUUGAGUCCACAAUCAACAAAUAUGAAACCUUAUCAAAACUCUACAGGAAUAAUUGCAGGGUCGAUUAUUGGGGGACUAGGAAUGAUCGGAGGUGCAGCAACCAUUUUAAUAAUUUACUGUUGUCGGGCACAGCACCAACGGAAGAAGAAACGAAACUCAAUGUCAGAAGACUUGCUAGAUUCUGUGCCACGAAAGAGAGGGCUGCAUAGUGUCGAAAUACAGAAUUUACCCCCCGUAGUGACACGAAACAGAAAAUCUAGAAUGGACUGGGUUCGGUUUUCUAAGGCUAGGGGGUUGCAUGAAGUCUUCGAACUGGAAGGAUAA